UUGUUGAGCAGAAACACUCUCGUUUUCGGUCGUUUUAACUCCAAAGAACGCACAAAUGUUCAUCGGACGCCAUUUUUCUUCACAUCGCUGAUUCCUCAUUGUCUUAAGUCACAGGUCUCAAAGUACUAUGGGAAAAAGGCACUUCUAGGCGUAGCAAAGAGCCUGGAAGUGACGUUCUUCGUUUUCCUUGGCGUGGGCGCCAUUUUGAAAAUUUGUUUGACGUCAUCAUAUACCCCAAUCUGGUUGUGUCCCGGACUGCUCUUAGAGCUACUAUACCAGUGCAUGCCUUUUUACACAUGGGCAAUUCCACCAUCACGGACGUUACAUUCAGACUCAGUUUUAUACAUUCAAACUUUUACUAAUAAUAUAUGAAAAUGAUUUUUUUCAACUUAUCUUCAAUAUAUGUGUUUACAAACAUUGGUUGGUUGAAUAGGUAAUUUUGUUUCCCAAUUUGACCUCUUCGAUAAAGAGAAAAUAAACAGAAAAAGGUAUGUCACGGACGUUACAUAAAAACAACUACUCCUGUAAAUACAUUUCCAUUAAAUCAAGAUUCCUGUGAAUUUUGAAUGUUCUUGAUAAGAAGUUCUCCAUAAAUAUUUAGCUUUGGGAACAUGUUAACUAAAAAUGUAGUGGGCAAUUUCAUUUCUCUUAGGUCCUUUUGUAGAAUCCUUUUUAAGUGUUGUCACGGACGUUACAUUCAAUGUCACGGACGUUACACUGUGUGAGUUGUUGUCCCAAUCCACCGAAUAAGGAGGCUUUAUUCUUUGCUAAAUACAGGAAAUGAUUAUCUUGUGUUAAAUAUAGGUAUUACAUGUACAUGUGUAUCUUUUACAAGUGACUAGUGGAUAAUAUGGUCAGCAGCCUUAACCUGUGAGCAUGCACCUGAGCCUGCAGUUUUGGGAAUACUGCUGACCAAAAUUCAAAUUCCAUUGCUAAAGCACAUGCAUGAUUGCCAACUUUGUCUGAAAUGAAUCCCUUUAAAAAGCCUGUAAAUGGAGCAAAAAGUUGGGGCAACGACCUUCCAUUGGCCUAGAAGAGAGGAUGUGGACCAAGCACACACUUCAAGUAUAUUUUAUGGUCCAGUUACAGUACCUAGUUUUAUUAGUGGACCUUUCACAAUUCCAGAACUGUCACACGUAGAAAAACUUUUCAAACUCAUUAGAAAGUGCAGAAAGUUCUCAAAGUAACGACAGUACAAUGUAGACUUUAUGACUGUACAGUAUAAAGUGAACAUUUCGAAAUUCAGCCACCGUUUGGCUACUGUUAUUUGACAUAUCAGUGUUUUAAUGUUUGAUUGCCGUAUGGACUUACUUUGUGUAUUUUACAGACUUGCAUGUAUGUUUGCCUACUUUUCGUUAUAGGCUUAUUUUGUAUAAGUUUCAAAACAAUUAAAUGUGUUGUGUUCCAAAUAUUGAAAUAUGUAACGUCCGUGACGUAACAUCCGUGACAGACUGACUGUAUAUAUUUAUUAGAGGUUACAAUAAAUCAAAGUUUUCUCUUCACCAAACUAUAUCAGAUGGACUGAUAGCUGUACAACAUCAAUAGUUUAAUUGUUCUUCAAUUGCUUUUUCAAGGAGAGGGAAAAAACAGACUUAAUGUCACGGAUGUUACGUAACGUCCGUGACAAAACUUGUAAUAACUGUCCCUCUUUUAAGAAAAAAUUUGGAAGAAAUUUUACAUGACAUGUGGUUAGUUCCCAGCAAGGUAUUAAUUGUGAUGUAAAUGUUUUAAGUUAAAAAAAUAUUACCUGCUUAGUUCCAUUAGUUUAAAUAUGCAUUGCAGAGAUUGAUCAUCAAAAGAAAAAUCAACACAUACAUACUUUGUGUACCCCCCUGAGAACAGUUUUGCCCAAGGCAAUAAAAAACAUUUUGCAGUACACUUUGACAUGUCUACAAUGCACUGCAGGUAAUAAUUCAAUCAGAAACACAGUUUUAAAAACAAUGAUUUUCACAUUUCUCAUGUGGAAUUGCCCACAUACACUUAACGUGAGUCUCAAAGUUAACUUUGCAUCUAAUAAUACUCCAAAAUAUGUUUAUUUUACGUUCUUUUGCAGUCGGGUGGAAAAGCACGCUGCUUUUUUGGCAAAAAGAUGCCAUUUGUGUGGGAAAACUUUGAUGACAUUAAAAACCGUCCAGAACUGUGAGAAAAGAGCGCUUGGAAGUGAACUUUUGAACUUCAUUUGCGAAGAUAUUGAGCUAGACUCCAGAGAAAUUCAUCCA